AUGGAUUAUGUAAUUCAGCUUACAGUUCGACUUAUACAUCCAAUCAAACUACAACCUGGCUGCUACUUUUAUAUAUUCUUUCCCGCAUUCUGGCUUAAUUCUUAUGGAGCUAUUACGGAGCUUACAUUUCUACUAUCACAACGUGGGAAUUAUGCAAAAGCCAUCUUACAACUUAGAGAAGGGCAAACAAUUCUCCUCGAUGGGCCUUAUGCUGUUCUCGCAGCCAAGGGCAUGGGCAUCGCAGCGAUUCUCCCCUUGGCGCUUAGCUUGGCCGCAAGGCGGCACCACGAUGAGCGUGUACGAGAGAAUCUAGGAGCGCUAUCUCAAAAGAAUCGGGCUAUUCUAAAAGAGAUAUCUUCCGCAACAGGAAAAGAGCUUGAAGGUCUGAAUAAAAAAAAGACAGAGCUAGCUAAAGAAAGGCAGAUAUUGUUGAGCAAAAAGUUGUACAGAGAUGCGAUUAAGAAAAUCAUCCUCUUUUGGUCUCUUGAAAGCAACGCGCAAAUAGCGUUAGCACAGGAGCAACUUGUGGCACUGCAAGCCCUGGAUCCCAAUAAUGAACUCUUUGUCGUAUGGUGUGGGUUUCCACGAUAUCGAACCGGACCCGCACCUUUUAAAGAAUCAGCAUAUUGGAAAUGUUUAAAUCCGAAUUCUACUAAAAGUUUUGACGUCACGGUUACUUCUAAAUUAAUGGAGGAGCGAAGUCGGUUAGCUGGUAGCUUUGCCGUUAUUGCGUCCGGAGAUGAACGUUUCAGAGCUAUUGUCAGAUCAGGUGCUGUGGAAGGUAUGGAUAGUAAGGGUAUUAGAUAUGUAGAGACAGAGUAUCAACCGCAAAGCGUUAUGCAGGACAGAGAAGUAAGAAAAUAUAACAGACUUACACUUAAGGUCGCAAAGCAGGAGGAAGAGGCUAUGAAAUUAAAGCGAAAACAGUCAUCUAGAGAUUCAGACGAGAGCAGCCUAUACUCUACAGUGUCUGAGUCUACUUUCUAUUCAGUUCAGGUCUAG